GUUACGCUGCCGGAAGGGGGGAGGAGCUCUGUUGUGGCGGUGAGGAAAAGGAAUCUCAGAAGGGUUGGAAGAAAUAUAAAAGCAAAGGCUGUUUUUCUUGCUUUCUUUCUGUUUUUACUUUCUUUUUCUUUUUCCUUAAGAGCGAGCGGCCCUUGCGGUGGCGGUUUGGGGUGGGCGCCGCCGAGGUGAGGGGGUCUCGCCUCCCGCACGCUGGUAGGUGAGUGCGGCCUGGGCCCUGGCCAGGCAGCGAAACCUGGGCUCCGGCUUUCUCGCUCCGGAGACUGAUUGUUCCAUUAUGGAUGGAGGGGAUGAUGGUAACCUUGUUAUCAAAAAGAGGUUUGUGUCUGAGGCAGAAUUAGAUGAACGGCGCAAAAGGAGGCAAGAAGAAUGGGAGAAAGUUCGAAAACCUGAAGAUCCAGAAGAAUGCCCAGAGGAGGUUUAUGACCCUCGGUCUCUAUAUGAAAGGCUACAGGAACAGAAAGAUAGGAAGCAGCAGGAGUAUGAAGAACAGUUCAAAUUCAAGAACAUGGUAAGAGGCUUAGACGAAGAUGAGACCAACUUCCUUGAUGAGGUUUCUCGGCAGCAGGAACUAAUAGAAAAGCAGCGAAGAGAAGAAGAACUGAAAGAACUGAAGGAAUACAGAAGUAAUCUCAACAAGGUUGGAAUUUCUCAAGACAACAAGAAGGAAGUGGAGAAGAAAGUGGCUGUGAAACCCACAGAAACCAAGACCAAGUUCUCCCAGGCAAAGCUGUUGGCAGGAGCUGUGAAGCAUAAGAGCUCAGAGAGUGGCAACAGUUUGAAAAGACUGAAAUCGGACCCUGACCCAGAUGAUAAGAAUCAAGAAGCCCCGUCCUGCGUGUCUCUUGGAAGCACAUCUCUGAGUGGUCCCUCCAUCCACUGCCCCUCCGCUGCCGUCUGUAUCGGCAUCCUCCCAGGUUUGGGCGCCUACUCUGGGAGCAGCGACUCUGAGUCCAGCUCAGACAGCGAAGGCACCAUCAAUGCCACCGGCAAGAUCGUCUCCUCCAUCUUUCGAACCAACACCUUCCUCGAGGCCCCCUAAUUCCUCUGUUCUUACCGCAGGGAGCUCCUCCCCAAGAGUAGACUGGACAGUUUAUUCUGCCUACAGGCAUUGCCUCCCACAGAAAAGUCCUUUGCCUGCUCCCUGUGCACACCAUGACAUUUUUAACCUCAUCUAAAAAUGUCCAGAAUCCA